UGUAUGAGUGUAUGACACACACACACACACACACAUACACACACACACACACUUUGAAGCUUUAUUUAGCAAGAGGCUGUGUUUGAGUCUGUCUAUAGCCAGCCAGGUAUGAAGGACACGAGUGAGGUACAAGAGGGGACUGUGCAGUUGUUCUCCAGCAAGGAAUUUGAAAAACUGCGUGUCUUCCUAACUCCGGACCCUCUUUUGUUCAUUUAUCCUCGGCCGUAAGCAAUAAAUCCAAGCAAGUGGAGAGAGAAUAAGAGGUGGGUGACUUCAUAGUGAUGUCACAGUGCUCAGACUCAGCAGUCACUUAGCAACUGUUGAAGGCCUGACCCCUAAGCCGUUGCUGGCUGACUGUGGCUGGCACAUCUGCCCACCUCCGAGGUUGCAGGGGGAAGGGCAAGUGAGAUCAUGGCGGGAAAGCAUCAGGAUGGCCUCGCCUAAAUCCGCCAAGCAAAUUCACGAGCGAGUACACUGCCCCUGACGAUCAUCUGUCGGUUGAUAGUUGGUAGCAUUCGUCUGAGCCCAAGGUGGCGCCUGCCCAUCCGAAAAAGGGGCCGUGUGAGGGACUGCACAGGAACUGCUGUGAGGGAAGACGCACAAUUAACUCUCCUAGAUGUCUACCAAAUGGUUAGAAAGUCAAGUUGUCUUAGAGCAGGGACAAGACCAGCUCCCACGGUCCAGCCACAAAUAAAACCCUAAUUAACGGAUUCGCCGACCAGCAUUCUGUCUCCAUCCCUCUGCAAGUAUGAUCAUCAAAUGGUGCCCACAAGUCUGGAAGGAGUCAGACCUUGUCACAUCCUAGCCAGGCCUAGCCUCAGUUUGCCCCCAGUUAGAGGAAGAACCAUGUAGGCUGGAGGAUCAUGGUGAAGAUUCAAGGAUGUACUGCUCAGUUCAGGGGUAGAGACCCAAAACAAUUAUCAAGAACCCAGAACAUUGAUGGAUUCUGAUCACCUGGAAUGGGUACUAGGGCAGCCUGGGCAGGUCGUUAUUGCUUCUGAGUAAUCCAAGUCGUCUGUGGUUCCUAAGACAGUAGGUGACCAAGAAAGAAAUGUGCGUGUGCUUUGAGACACUAAACACCACUGCCUUUUAACCUCCCCCUGCACAAUACUCCCUGAGCUGUCUUUCCCAGAGUGUGUUGUUGGUUGUUGUUGUUAUUAUUAUUUAUUGAAAUGGGAUCUCAUGUAUCUUCAGAGUAGACCUGAACUCCUGAUCCUCCUGUCUCUAGCUCCCAAAUCCUGGGACAACAGCUGUGUGCCACCAAGCCUGGCUGAGCAUGGGUUUCUGGAUGUAGGUCUAGGUCCAUUGUUGACCCCCAGAAUAAGAUGCCAUGCUGGGUCUGGAAAGAGCUCUGACACUCCAGUUCCAAUGCAUUCAGUGUUGCUAUUUGCUUCUGAGGUCACCACAGGCACUGGGGACAAUGUCUAGGGGGCAUCCUUGACUGUAAGAGCUGUAAGUGCAGCUGACGUGCUAUGGGCAUAGGCCGUGGAAACUGUGGUGCGUGGGUACCUAGUUGAAAAUGUCAGUUAAGCUCCUACGUGGAAAAACCCUGGCGUGGGCUGCCUGUCACUUGCUGGAUCCUUCAGUCACUGUCAUCUCUUUAGCCAGCUAAUGGCUACAUUCCCUGGAGCCGGUGUUCAGUUGAAGGAAUUUUGAUGGAUGACGCCACGCUCAAGUUCUAUGAUGUCAUUCCGGGAGCUAUUAUUUCACUAUGCAUCUGGCACUAUGAUGGUUGGACGGAACUGGUUUUGGCCGCUGUGGAAGGGGACCCCAGUAAGAUGUCAUGUCUUGGUAUCAGUGAGGACACUUUCUACCGGACAGCAAACUCGCAGCACUUUAAGGGGGAGCAGUGGAGGCAGUGGACCGCCCAGAGGGCGUUUGUGGCCUUGUAUGUCUCUGCUCACAGAGGUCACGUGGAUGCCGUGCAGUAUCUUCUAGAACUUGGAGCGAACUGCCUGGCCAAAUCACCCCUGGGCAGGACACCCCUGCACGUGGCCGCAGCCAUGGGCAGGACAGAAUGCAUCCAGCCCUUACUGGAACAUGGCGCCUCCAUCCACGACAGAGACUUGAAGAGCGAAACGCCUGUCACUAUCGCGCGGCGCCUGAAGCGGGGGAAUUUCGAGCGCAAGAUGUUCAUUCUCUACUGGAUGAUCAAGUCUGGGACCAGGGACCCUGACUUAGUAUCGAGGGAUGCUUCAGAGAAACACAGCCCUGGGGUCAUGGCAAGGAAGACCUCAGUGUUGAUCUCCUGAGUACCUUUGCCCGUCAUGUGAUUCUGGGGUGACCUUAUAGCCCCCGUUGUGGCCCCACCGUGGUACUCUUUAUGGAACAAAGAAAGGGACAGAACUCAAUCAGACACCAAA